GUUGUGGUCGGACGCAUUCCGCACAGGCGACGUAUCCGGGGUGAACGCCACGCAGGCUGCAGAAAAUCCACGCAAAACCGCAUGAAACCCGGAGGAAACCCGCAGGAACUGAUCCAAACGCACCGACACCCAGACGGAACCCGGGCACAGACAGGGGGACCCGGGCACAGAGCAGCCAGAGCCGGGCACGGAGAGGCCGGGCCCGGGCGCACAGGGCGGAGGAGCCAUGGACGAUGAGCGGUUCAUUCAGGAGGUGCAGUUCCACAGUGUCCUGUACGACACCACACACCCCUUCUACAAAGACAACAGCCGCAAGGAGCGCGCGUGGGUGGAGGUGGCUACGGCGCUGCAGUCCGACGUGUGUGAUUGUAAGGCUCGAUGGAGGAACCUCCGGGACACGUUUGUGAAGCACCGAAAGAGGCUGGGAAUCCCGAACGGCUCGGGAGGCUGGCCCCAGAAGGACUGGAAGUACUCGGAGCUCAUGUCCUUCCUGCUGCCUUUCGUUGUGCCGCGAGCCUCUAAACGCAAAGCCCCAGCAGAGGCAGAGGGCGAGGGAAGCUCCGCCCCCUUGUCACCUGUCCCUUCUCCCCCUUCUCCCCCGCCUGCCCCAGCGCCGACCCCUCCACAGACGCUCCACAGGGACCGCGCCCGCAGGUCUCGGAGCCCCAGGGACAGAGGUCUGCCCUGGGCAGAGCGGCGGCCGAGGGUCCCUGAGAGCGACUGGGACGAGGCGUACCACUUCUGCCUGAGCACCGUCCCUCAGCUGAUGCGGCUGAGCUGGAGGCGGCGCCACACGGCCAAGAUCGAGAUCCUACGAAUCCUGGAACGACUCCGCGAGGAGCAGGAGGAGCAGCUGCCUCUGUGCCCCAGGAGAGUGCACCGUGUAGGGGACAGCCACAGCAGAGCAGGCCCCCGAGGACCAGGCUCCGAGUCGGACCAGCGGCGUUCCGAGUCGGACCAGCGGCGUUCCGAGUCGGACCAGUACCAGCGGCUGUUCCGGGAGCUGUUCCCGGAGGACGGCAGCUUCGUGCGGCUCGUGGGUUUGUCUCGGGGUCAGUUUGAGGAGCUGCUGAGCCUUGUCGGGGAGAGUCUGACCCUUCAGGACACAAAUUACAGACGCUCCAUCCCGGCCUCUCUGCGGCUCUGCAUCGGACUGAGGUACCUGAGCUCGGGGGACCACUUCCACAGCAUCGCAGAGACGUUCCACGUGGCACUGUCGUCCGUGUGUAAGAUCGUGCCGCAGGUGGUGGCUGCGCUCUGGGAUGGCCUGAAGGGGGAGCUGUUGGCGGCUCCGGGUCUGGAGCGGUGGCGUUCCGUGGCGGAGGAGUUCCGGCGUCGCUUUGACUUCCCGUUGUGUUGCGGCGCUCUGGAUGGGAGACAGGUGCUGCUCAAGGCCCCACCCCGUUUUGGCACUCAGGGUCAGAGGGCGGCUUCCGUUGUGCUGCUUGCCGUGGUGGAUGCUUUCUCGCGGUUCCUAGUGGUGGAGGUCGGUGGGUUCGGGCGAGUCAGUGACGAAGGGAUUCUGGAGAGCUCCGUGUUCGGACAGGCUCUGACCCAGGGCAGGCUGGACUUGCCUCCGGCUGCGGCUCUCCCGGGAGCGGAGCAUAGAGGGCCGCAGCCCUAUGUUUUUGUGUCGGACGAGACGUUUACGUUGCGCACCAACGUGAUGCGCCCAUUCACUGGGCACUUUGUUGCGCCGCAUAAGCGUGUGUUUAACCAGCGCCUGGCGCGGGCUCAGCGGGCGGCCGACAGGGCCUUCGCCCGCCUGGCGUCGCACUGGGGCCUGUACCGCCGACCCGCCGAGACACGACCCGAGGUGGCAGAGCAGUGUGUGAGGGCGACAUGUCUUCUGCAUAACUUUAUACUGGAGUGCCAUUGGUUCUGUGUCCAGAUGGAGCAUGUGCUGGUUAAACAGGAGCCUGAAGAACAGCACAUCAAACAAGAGGAAGAGCGCCCUCCAGAGGUCACUGUGAGCGUGGGUGAGGACAGCACAGAGACACAGGGAGGGGACAUGGGACAGGACUCUGAGGACACAGACAAUGACGACGACUGGAGUGCUCCUUUCAGCUGUUCAGAUGCACAGCUGGAGACGGAGUUUGUGAACGGAGGAGACGGGCUGCACUGA